AUGUUGAUGAGGGAGAUUCAUCAGUGUGGAGGGGCUGAGGGUCUUGGACUGGUCCCGCCAGAGCUGGAGGAAGCCAGCUCACAAUCUAAUCCUGGUAUUUCUUUCUUUGCAGGGGGUGGAGGGAAACGCAAAGGCAAAAGCAAAAAGUGGAAGGAAAUCUUGAAAUUCCCUCACAUUAGCCAAUGUGAAGAUCUGCGAAGAACAAUAGAGAGAGAUUACUGCAGCAUAUGCGAAAAGCAGCCGAUCGGAAGGCUUCUCUUUCGGCAGUUCUGUGAAACUCGGCCCGAGCUCGAGUGCUGCAUUAGGUUCCUUGACGCAGUGGCAGAAUAUGAAAUUGCUCCAGAUGAAAAGCUGGGAGAGAAAGGAAAGGAAAUCAUGAUGAAAUACCUCACCCCAGAGUCUCCAGCCCAAGUUCCCGAAGUCAGUCAAGAUCUUAUCCGACAGACAGAGGAGAAACUCGAAAACAGCCCCUGCAAAGAGCUGUUCUCUCACUGCACAAAAUCUGUCCUUGACCACCUCAGUGGGGAACCAUUCCAAGAAUACCUAAACAGCAUGUACUUCGACAGGUUUCUCCAGUGGAAGUGGUUGGAAAGGCAACCAGUAACGAAAAACACGUUUCGGCAGUACAGGGUACUUGGGAAAGGUGGCUUUGGGGAGGUCUGCGCUUGCCAAGUCCGAGCCACGGGGAAGAUGUACGCCUGCAAGAGAUUAGAGAAGAAGAGAAUAAAAAAGAGGAAAGGCGAAUCCAUGGCACUAAAUGAAAAGCAGAUUUUAGAAAAAGUCAAUAGUCAGUUUGUAGUCAAUUUAGCCUAUGCCUAUGAAACAAAGGAUGCACUGUGUUUAGUUCUGACCAUAAUGAAUGGAGGUGACCUGAAGUUUCAUAUCUACAACAUGGGAAACCCAGGCUUCGAGGAGGAAAGAGCUUUGUUUUAUGCAGCAGAGAUUCUUUGUGGCUUAGAAGACCUACACAGAGAAAAUACUGUGUACAGAGAUCUGAAGCCAGAAAAUAUCCUGCUGGAUGAUUAUGGCCAUAUCAGAAUAUCUGAUUUGGGUCUAGCUGUUAAAAUCCCUGAGGGUGAAUCAAUCCGCGGAAGAGUAGGAACAGUAGGAUAUAUGGCUCCAGAAGUCUUGAACAACCAGAGAUACACACUCAGCCCUGACUACUGGGGGCUAGGCUGUCUCAUUUAUGAAAUGAUUGCUGGGCAAUCACCAUUUCGUGGAAGGAAAGAGAAGGUGAAGAGGGAAGAAGUGGACAGAAGAGUGCUGGAGACAGAAGAGGUCUACUCCCAUAAGUUUUCUGAGGAGGCCAAGUCCAUCUGUAAAAUGCUCCUCACCAAAGAUGUGAAGCAGCGGCUGGGAUGUCAAGGGGAAGGUGCAGCAGAAGUGAAGAGGCACCCCUUUUUCAAGAGCAUGAAUUUCAAGCGGUUAGAAGCAGGAAUGCUGGAUCCUCCUUUUGUCCCUGAUCCCAGAGCAGUGUACUGCAAGGAUGUCUUAGACAUCGAGCAAUUCUCCACAGUGAAAGGAGUCAACCUGGACCAAACAGAUGAUGAUUUCUAUUCCAAGUUUUCCACAGGAUCAGUGUCUAUUCCAUGGCAAAAUGAGAUGAUAGAAACAGAGUGUUUCAAAGAACUGAAUGUAUUUGGACCAAAUGGUACUAUUUCACCAGACCUAAACAAAAGCUACCCCCCAGAGCCACCCAAGAAAGGAUUGCUGCAGAGAAUAUUUAAACGACAGCAUCAGAACAAUUCAAAGAGCUCUCCAAAUUCAAAGGCCAAUUUAAAUCACCACAUAAAUUCAAAUCACGUAAGUUCAAACUCCACUGGAAGCAGCUAGUUCCAACUCAGUUUUGUGAAACAACAUGUUGCAUCCUUCCACUAUAAUCUAUGGAGCUUCUAUGGAUGAGAGAGCCUCCACCAUUGAGUGAAAAAAAAAAAAGGGGGAUUUCCCAAAAAUGGAGAUUUUCUAUCCAUUCCUUCCAGUGGAGCCUCACAUUUUAAGAAGAAUUUUCCACUCAGGUCUGUUUUUGGAGGUGGCACUCAAGACUGUGUGAAUCAAAUUUGUCUAUUUAGAACAUUGCAAUAGAAAUUCAAUGAACAUGACUACUUGCACGUAUUUAAAUAGCAUCAUACUAGAACUGAAUUUUGUCUUUAUUAUUUUUAAAGAAAAGUUUUGUAAAUUUCUCUAUUGUCUCAGUUUACAUUUUGUACAUUUGUAUUUAAAUGAAAGUCAGACUUUGGAGGUGUAUAUUUUCCAAGCAGCAGCUGUAAAGCCAUGUGUUUUAAGACAUUUUUUUAAAAGAAAAAAAAAAUGUGACUCAAGACUUCCAGAGCCUCAAACGAGAAAUCAUUCUUUUUAGUAAUUCUAGAAAAUUAUUCAUAAAUCACUUUAUCAGACUGGGUUUUAUUGACAUGCAUUUUUAUGGAACAGUUUAUUCUUAAUUAUUUUACAUCUGUAUAUUUGGUUUACAGCAACACUGCAUACAUUUCUCCUCUGCAUACAUUUCUCCUCUUCAUUAGUUUGUAAUGUCUCGCAUUAAAUGCUAAAAGACAAGAUUUUGAUGCAUUCAAGAAUGCUACUUGCUAUGCCUAAGGUUUGUGAUGUCAUGGGACCAGCACAGCUGAGAUUUGCACUUAUGUUGUUAGCUCAUCAAAAACUUUUUGGUUAGAAAGGGAACCCUAUUUUAAGCCCUUCUCCUUCACUAGUUUUUGUGCCAUUUCUAAUGACAGCAAGAACAAAACUGAGUGAGAGGUGACCAGGAGAGCAAAUGACCGUUUGUUUUCCAAGGACUUGAAACCUGCACCUGCUGAAAUGAGAGCAAAACUCAAAGUGUUCUCCAUGCUGCAGUCAAAAGUCCGAGGCCUUUCCCUAGUUGCUCAUGUGAAAGCAGGUAGCAAGACAGAAAUUCAGUGGUCUGGUUUGUGCUGACCAGGAGAUUCAUGUCAGCUUUCUAGAGCUGAGCCGUGGAGGUUCAGAGCAGGAUCUGAGGUGCUUUUGAGUGGUAGCAGAACCUGUAGGUUGUGACUGCACUUGGGGUUCUUCCAUGUGUCAUGCUGAACACAGCAUGACUCGUCCCCUCAUUUAGGUCCUCAGCUUAAUUGAAUAAAAUGUCAGUUAUGAAAUAAUACCUCCCACUUUUGGUUCCAUCAUUCUUUGUCCAGGAUCCUUUAACCAUUGACAAAAACAUUGUUCCCACUAGUAUGAACAGAAUGGGUCAGGAUCAGUAGCAGUACCUCAGGCAUCAGAAUCAUGCUCUUCUCGAACAUGCCACUAUCUAUUAUUAUUAAGAACACCAGAUCAAAAAUAUGGUUACUUCCUUUUAACAGGAAUUAGAAAAUCUUUGUCCCCCCAAGUGCAGACAGGCUCUCCAUAGCCCAAUGCGUUCUGUAGAACAGGUUUGUUCACCGUGCCCUUUACAAUGUCAUCUAGAAUAGACUGAUGAUUUGACACCUUUGGGUCAUCAGGAACAUCAGAAGGUCAGCCUGGUGUGUCUGAAACCCUGUAGUGAGUAGUCCCAGGGUACAAGGCAGCACUGUUCCAGUGGAAGUCUUCACAGCCAAAAUUCAAGGCAAGACACACAUCUUAUUUCUUCUUGGAGAGCUGCAAAUGUGCAACUCUGAUCUGUUUCUGCCACUCUAAGGCAUCACCUUCUGACAAUAUGGUAUACCAGGUGCUUCUGCACCCAUCAGAAAAGUGUGGCUGAUACUAUCUACCUACCACCAUGAGAAAGGAAAAAAGGCAGUUGGGGGAUUAGUUCAUUGGAUACAUUUGAUAAAGCAGCAGCUAUUGGCCCAAGGGCUUCCUCUCCUACCUGUUACCAAUUUGGCACACAAAGACUAAAUUUUCUUUCUUUACCAUCUCCCACUUGGGAAAUAAAAUUCCGAUAACAAACCCCUUCCUGAAAGCUGGUGAACAAAUUGCAAGUAGAUUGUUGGCGGCCUUAUUCCUCUUAGAUGCUAUCAGCCUUAACUAGUGGUGGAUGACUUUUUUAUAUGACAACAGUGAAUGACAGCAGAUGUGCCUUCUCCUGCUCUCCUUUCAGCUGGGACAGUCCCUUGCUCAGCACCUCUAGGACUCCAGCAGUGGAGACAUAGGGACAGUGCAAAGUCCUUGGAUGACAAGAGAUGCUUUCGGUGAGUCCUGGUACUUGGAGGACAUUAUGCUAGGGUUAGAGAUCUUGAAUCCUCAAGAUGGUGUGGAGGAAGGAUGUUUAUAUGCACUUCAAACCUGGGAUGAAGUCCCUCGGGAUCCCUCACCACUGGGAGCAGUGAGUGAGUAAGGGGAGAGACAGAAAAUAAAACCAGUUGAGGGGAUUUUGUGCCACAUCCCUUAAGUGUUGCUAUUCUGUCUGACAAAUUUUAAACAGUAUUUCGAUGCUGGGGCAGCAGAAUUGUUGUUCUCUUUCAGUAUCCAAGCUCUGAAAGACUCGAUCGGUAUCAUACAUCACUAGUGAUAGUGAACAGUCCUAGGAAUCUUCUAGUCAGGGUUUGCAUACAGCAACGAAACCUGCAAGAUUUUCUUUUUUAUUACUUCUUUCUUUCUUUCUUUUUUUUAAUUAUUCAGCUCACCUUGCACCCAAGACUGGAGGAGGACCACAGUCCUCUCACUGCCACUGUGUGACCAGGUGCAAUCUGAGCCCAGAACUUGCUGAGGCAGAUCCUGGCACAGCCAGGCUUCCACAGACACUUGGCAUCUGGCUCCACGGAGCCAAAUACAAGAAACACUGGGAGCCGUGGUUGUUCAGGAGCUCUGAUAACGAAAAAAAAGACUUGUAGUUUCAUUAUACAACCUUGGAGAGCAUUUGCAAUGGGAUUUUUAGUAUUUUGGUUCAAAGUGAAUAGGUUUUGAGGUGGGUUUGCACAUAACAAAGGAGCAGAAAGGAGUAACUAUUUAAUAGCUUUCCAGACUGAUUAAUUUUCUGUAUCUUCUUUCCAAUUACAGUACAAAUUCUUUCAAAAAAAUGCAUACAUUUAGAUCUGGUUGCUUGUUUUAAGUAGACAGAUGAGCAAACUUAGCUCUUUUUAAGAAUCAGACACCUUUUGCAAUCUGAUCCUGAGUUAUGCAAGCUUGUUUUUUAUUUUAAAAUCUUUACCGAGUAGUCUGAUGAACACUAAUUAGUUUAUGGACUUUUAUGAUUCAGGUGUUUGAUACUCAUUUUCUGUAGUGUCUCAAUGUUCCCUUCGGUCUCGUAGCAUUUUUUCCCACUCUCUGGUUGGAUAAGAGGCUUUUUUAAACAAAGGCACAACGAAGGAAAAAAUAACGAAUAAUAAGCUCUUACGUGUGCGUUCUUGGCCUGGAUUAUCUAAAACCAGAUAUUUUUUUUUACAAGAACGGCCAUGACUCAGAUGUUGUUUCUGAACAAAAACCUGCUUGUGAAGCUCAGAAAGGUGUAAAGAUAAUCAAACCAAACAGGCACAGGAGAUCAAACUGAGCCUUAGGGAGCUGCAGAAUUCAAUAUCACAGCCUUGGUCUGGCCCUGCUGACUAGGGAUGCCUGGUAACGGGCAGUUCAGAGACAAUACCAGCUAUCUGUUAGAACAGUCUGAUACCAUUUCAAUUUGCAGUCGUCCCCUCCCCAGAAGCUGUGGCUGACAGUGCCAUCAGUGGUAGGGAGUCAAACUUGGCCAACUCAGUAAAGCGUCUGAUUUGAAGGCACUGACCCUUAGUGUUGUUCAACCAGGCCUCAGGAUCAAGCUGGAAUUCUUUGCUUCAUCUGUCAAAGCCUUGCAUUUCAAAUCCAGUUGCUGUUGAUCUUUUAGAGGCACCUCAGCUAAAAAGAAAAUCAGUUUGUAAUACUGGUAAAACCAUGGCCAGGAGAAGGAAGAGAGACAAGAUGCAAGCUCUGGGGGACAGUGUGAGAACUGCCAUAAUGUGUGAAUCUUCAGCAAGUAUCAAAUGGCAGUUAUUGUCACUCAUCGCUGCACAUUCUUCCUUGGUUCAUCAUAUGUUGCUCACAGUUUUUUGAGUAACCUUGAAAUUGCACACACAAGGUCACAUUAAGCAUAGGGUCUGGCCCGUGGCUCAAAGACAACAUUGUCUCUGUGAGGGUCAGGUGAAGCAGUUUGGUGAGGCACGUAGGUACCCACAGCUCUCUGUUGCUGUGUAUCUGAGCCUGGGUCAGGACUUCCCUGUGCAGACUUUUCUGGAAGAGCAAUAAAUGCACACCCUUAUAGCACAGCUGCUUCUCCUCAUGGACAACCAUGGAACAGGUGGCUGCAGGACCUGACUUCAUGGUGGACAAGGUGUGGGUGUUCUAACCUCUGCUCCACAGUUGUGAUUUAUAUUUUUUCAGUUCAGAUUUGUAAUGCUCAUUUGUUAAAUAUCUCAGUGCAGAUGAGAUCAUCCGUCAGAUGUUCCUAGGCAUUUCCUGUGCAAUCUUUGAAAAGACUGGCCUUCGCUUUGAAGGCACAUCCCUGGGUUAGUCUGCCCUUUGGGAUGUAGACCAUCUUCCUUCAUGUGCUCAGCAUGAAGCACAAAGUAGCCUGCGGAGCUCUAGAAGUCCAGUCUAAAAUUGAUGAUACUGAGAUAAUAGGUGCCAACUUCAUAAAAGCACCACUUUUUGUCUGGCUCUGCAACAGAGAUGAAUGUCCUGGUCCAGUGAUGAAUGGAGUAGGACCCAGAGACUUACAGGUUCUCCUGCCCGAGGAGGCUCCGAGCCUGUCUCGGCUGCAGGGAGGUACAUUUGACAAUGAAGUUUGGGACAAUCGGUCUAUUCAGUGGUUCUGUGGAAGACAGAACGUUCCAGAGUUGUCUAUGGCAAGCCUUUCACAUGUAUGACCUGCAGUUUAAACACUACUAAAUAUUUAAAGUAAGAAUAAUAAUGACUAACAUCCUCCUGCCAAAGCUGAGAGAAAGAUUGCGAGAUAUUGAGAGGAAGUUUAAAACAAAUCUUCACUUUUGUGUGCUGGGCAGGACACAGUCUCUUUUUAUACUAAAUAAUAUUGUUUAUGCAGUGCUGGCUGGUAAUAACUUUCUUGUCCUUAACUGCAAAAAGAAAAGAGAAAGAAAUUGGCUCAGAGAAUUUUGCAAAUUAUUUCCUUUAGGGAAAACCAGCAAAGAAGGUGAAAGCCAACAGUCGGCUGCAGCGAUACACGCUCACCUCCCCCAAACGUCGCCGUGAUAAUACAAAUACAAGCUGCUGCAGUUGGCUCAGCUAAGCUAGUGUACUGACAAACGGGCUUUAUGAAAGAAACAAUUUUAAACAGAUUGCUGCCUAUUCACUAAAAUGAAUAUUACUGCUGGCACAAUCGUAUUCUCCUCGGCUUGUGUACCAGAGCCAGAAGUGGUGGUUUCUAUUCCUAUUCUGCCCAUGGUUUUUCUUUGCUGCUCUGGGCAAACCUCUGUGCAAUUUUGUUUUCCCAUUCUUAAGCGUGGAGGGAUGCUCUCUGUCUAUCAAAGGGAAGCACUUUGGAGUCUGUGCAUAAAACACAUCAAUAUCAACUCUUUGUAUAAUUAUUUAAGUGAAAUAGGCUUAAUAUAGAUACUCUUAUUUACACGAAUAGGGAGGUGACUCUUGUAAAUUAGGGCUCUUUUUUGUUAUUGGUUUAUCUUAGUUCCUUGGAGACACUGAAACAGAAUGCCCUGAGCUUCUGUGAAGGCAUCUCCACCAGAGGGUAAGAUGACAGUGCAAACGUUAAAGUAUUCAUUUCUUAUUUAAGAGCUAGCGAGUAAUUGCAGCAUUCACAAACACUUCCUCUUUUUCUUAUGUUGGAAAGGAAUAGUUAUGAGGAAGGGAACAAAAUAACAUUCAUUGGUUCGACUUUUCUGGCCAGGCCUGCAAACGAGUCCCUAGGUACCAAUUAAGGGAGAUGCUGUGUGAAGUCACAACGAUGCAGGUGUGGCUAGUGUCGGGUCAGCUCACUGCCAGCUCUGGAAACAAAAGAGGCAGCCACAUGCCUGGGACGAGCAGGGGGAACUCCAGGUGUUCUGGAGAAUGGAUGGUCCUGUAGGGAAGAUUCACUCCCAGAGAAGAGACAUUUCAGGUAGUGGCUGGAUGACAAACGCGUUUUCCUUUCUCAUCACCCCACACGCAGCUGUUAGACCUGAUUAAUAGCAAGCUCAAACGAGUUAUGUGUCACGUAUUGAAUGGGGUCUCCCUUAAUUGCAUUUCUUUUAAACACUGGACACUCUUCUGCAAGACUUAGCAUUUUAGCCUUUUGAAGGCAAAAGUUGUAAAAACUUUAUUUUGUGUUUCUGAGCAAUGUAGAUAGACCUAAAGAUUUCAUGAAGUAUCAUGUGGUUGCCCAUUUCUGACUAAUAAUUAAAUUGUAAAAUUGCAGUUUCACAUUAGGGUUAGUCUUUUCACCUGCUUUAAAAAUUAAAAAUCAUAUUUGGUAUAUAAACACACACAGAGUAUCCUUCUGAUUGAAUUUCAAGAGCAUAUCCAGGAUUAAAUGUUUUUAAGCACUUCUAAUACUGUAGUCUAUAAGAGGAGCAGACACUUCUAAAGCAAUGUUAAAAGUUGUCUUUCAUAACUGAGGCAACAGAUCAUUUUUGUAAUAAAUUAAAGCAAGUGUUCUCAAUUAGAAGAGCUAGUGGCUGUUGGUAUUGUACAAAAAAAAAAAA